UGCUGUCAGACGUUUGUUUGUUUGUUUACAGAUGGAGGGGGGCGGGGCUAAAGUCGUGAUGCUGACAGGAAGUGUGCUGCUGCUACUUCCUGUCGUCGUCUUCGUCACCUGCUUCAUGUUCUGGCCCGGACGCCUCAUCAAGGCCUACAACUGGUUCUGGAGGAGGAGGUUGGGUUUGUCGGUGAGGUUCUGUGACGUUGGUUCCUUCAGAUUCUGUUAUUGGACUCGUGGGACUCCAGGGGGCGCUCCGUCUCUGCUGCUGCUGCACGGCUUCUCUGCAAACAAAGACAUGUGGCUCCCCGUGGUCAAGUUCUUGCCGGGGCAGUAUCACGUGGUGUGUUUGGAUUUACCGGGACACGACGGAACGAGCCGCUUCCAAAAUGAAGAUUACAGCAUCAACGGACAAGUGUCCAGAAUCCACCAGUUCGUUCACACUCUGGGUCUGACUCGGUUCCAUCUGGUCGGGGCGUCGAUGGGAGGAAACUUGGCCGGAGUUUAUGCUGCUCGAUUCCCCGAAGACCUCAGCUCCGUCACCAUGGUCUGCCCCGCGGGUCUGGAGACGCUUCAGGACACAGACUUUGUGAAGCGCCUCAAGGAGAUGGAAACCCAGAGGAACCAGGACCAGGACCAGGACCAGGACCAGAGGGAGGAUCAGUCCAUCGCCCUGAUCCCGACCUCUGUACCUCAGCUACAGGAGAUGCUCAACUUGUGCUGCUACAAACCACUGAACCUCCCCACACAGAUGAAGAAGGGUCUGCUCCAAAACAGACUCCCACACACCACCUUCUACAGACACCUGUUCGAGUGCAUCAGCGCUGAGGACUCCAGACACUCUCUAGAGAAGAACCUGCACCUCAUCUCAGUCCCAGUGCAAGUGGUCUGGGGCCAGCAAGACCAGGUCCUCCACGUCUCCGGCGCCUCGGUGAUCACGGCGGCUCUGCCUCACAGCCAGGUGGAGCUGCUGGAGAACUGUGGUCACUCCGUGGCUCUGGAGCGCCCCCGUAAGCUCGCCACGCUCAUCAGCAACUUCCUGUCUGCGCAGGAAGUGACCCACGGCAACGCCCACAAGAAGAACUCUUGAGGAACACGUCCGUCCUUCACAAACGCACACGCAUCAUUUCACUGUUUUAGUUUUAUUAUUCAGUUUUAUUUUCAGCCCUUUUCAAAGCUCUGAUUCCAGAAGUAAAUUUUCUGUUUUUCAGAUUUAAAGCUCCUGUAUUACACAAAAUUAACUCUUUAAGCUUUAAACCGCGUUCUGAUGUUGUUCCCUCGUCAAAAACAGAGCUGGACUUGUGUUUUGUUUCAUUCACGCGUUAUUUUUACAGACUGAAAUGAUCCAGAUGAUUCUAGUGAAGCUGUGUGGAGUUUAAAAACACAGUGGAGCACUUCCUGUAUCACCACAUGAUGACAUCACAAGGUGGAGCAGAGUGUUUUCAGUUGGAGAGGAGCCUAAAUGUGCAGGUUUGUGGGUUAAACGUGUGAGAAUGAAACAAAAACACAAGUCCAGUUCUGUUUGUGACGAGGAAACGACGUCAGAACAGAAAACAGAGAAACACGGUUCAUUCGUUUUUCAAAAUAAAACGAACAAUAAGAAAAUGAAAAAAUAAAUGUUUUCUUCAUUAUUUGUCUCCAAAACCAAAAUGAAAAAACAGAUAAUGAUUUCCUUUUUUCAAUUUUUGAUUUUGUGUUUAAAUGAAAAAUGGAAAAAACGAAUAAUGGACUGAACCAGGACUAAAACGUUUUCAAUCCUGGUCCUGGUCCUGGUCCUGGUCCUGGUCCCGGUCUCAGUCCCAGUCUCAGUUCCGGUCUGUGUCCUGGCCUUAGUCCUGGUCUCAGUCCCGGUCUAAGUCCUGGUCUCAGUCCUGAUCUCUGUACUGGUCUGGUCCUGGUCUGGUCGGCCUCGGUCUCGGCCUCAGUCCCGGUCUCAGUCCUGGUCCUGGUCCCGGUCUAAGUCCUUGUCUCAGUCCUGGUCCUGGUCCUGGUCUCAGUCCUGGUCUAGUCCCGGCCUCAGUCCCGGUCUCAGUCCUGGUCUUAGUCCUGGUCCCGGUCUUAGUCCUGGUCUCAGUCCCGGUCUCAGUGCUGGUCCUGGUCCAGGUCUAAGUCCUGGUCUCAGUCCUGGUCUGGUUCUGGUCAGGUCCCGGACCUGAUUCAGUCCUGGUCUAGUCCCGGCCUCAGUCCCGGUUUCAGUCCCAGUCUUAGUCCCGGUCUCAGUCCCGGUCUCAGUCCUGGUUCUGGUCCUGGUCUUAGUCCUGGUCUCGGUCCCGGUCUCAGUACUGGUCCUGGUCUCAGUCCUGGUCUGAUUCUGGUUCAGUCCGUACGCGGAAAAGUCACAUAAACGGGAAACGAUCAUUAUCUGUUUUUCUGUUUUUUUCCAUUUUGUUCAUUUAAACACAAAAUCAAAAACUGAAAAAACAAGUUUUUAUCUUUUUUUUUUUUUUUUUCAUUUUGGUUUUGGAGACAAAUAAUGAAGAAAAUAUUUGUUCUUUCGUUUUCUUAUUUUUGUUUUUAUUUUGAAAAAUGAAUGAAUGACACACAGAUUCAUGGGCCCCACAUUUGAAUGUUUUUUUGUUUUUGUUUUUUUAAUAAAUAAAUAAUGAUUCCAGUUUGGAGACCAACCAACUCGGGUCCAAACGAGCAUUUAACGUGGACUUCAUUUGGACUAAACCGAUCCUGGUCCAAGUCCUGGUUAAGUCCACAUUAGGACCAAACUGUAACUGCGCUCCUUUGUCCUGAACAGAAGAGCAGGUUUUUGCACUGAAUGUUCGUCUUUAUUUAAUGAUUCCUUUAACUUUAAUAAACUGCACUUUUUGAUUCUCUGUUCGUCGCUGUAGGAAAAUUUCUGUAUAUUUAUUAUCCAAGAGAAAAUACUGUGAACCCCAAUGUCAAAUGGAUAAAUAAAAUACAAUUAAUUCAUGAAUAAAA